AUGCAUAACAACCAAUCUGUAAAACAAAAUACAAUUUCAAAUAUCCUUAAAGAACUAAAUAGUUCUCAAAAUAAUCCUAAUGGUCCUUCUGGUUGUCCAGACCUUGCCAAAGUUUUAACUAACUAUGAAGAACAGCACUUGUUGAAAAGAUCAUUAAAAGCUAAGGUUGAAUCACUUAAUCUUAGAGUUAAUCAGUUAGAAGCAGAGUUAAAAGUGACAAAAGAUGAACUAGAAACUUUCAAAAACCCUGGCAUCUACCUAUUAUUUAAAGAUCUAGAUCAAGCUAUAAAACAACUUGAAGCAAACAUGAAAGAAAAAGCUAAAAGUAAAGUCAAUGAGAUUAAGCAAAAAAAAGAAACUGCUAUGCAAAAACAAAUUGCUAGAGUUCAAAAGAAGAAAGGAUUAGACUUUGCAAAAGCAAAAAAACAACAUAUUAGAGGAAAAAAGAAAAAAAAUUAG